CAUUCCCUACAGGAGAAAAACUGGAAGAGGGAGAAAGAAAGAUAGGGAGAUGUUUCCUCCCAAAGUUAGUGCUGUCCUCAACCAAGGGUUUGUGGAGGAUCGCAUGAGUUUUUGCACCCAGAUCUCUCCUCCUCCUCAUCUGAGCUUUCCGCCACAUGGGAUUCAGCAAACUCUAGGAGGCCUCAACAUGGGAGGAGGAGUUGCCUCUUACUUAAAGGAAGGCCUCCCGUCCAUACCAUCCCAAUAUGGGGUUGCUUCCUCCGAUGGUGGUGGUUUGGGUCAAUUUGGAGCCUCUUCGGGGCAAAGAUCAAGCAAUAGUUUAUGGUCAUACGAUGAAGAGGAGGGGGAUCUAGGUAACAAGAUAUCAUCAGCCGGAGAGGAUGAUCACAAGUACUUGAAAAACAAUAGUUGUAGUAGCAAUAAAAAUAACAUCAAUAACCUAUCAGUCGGUGCUAUAAGAAUGAAGAAGUUGAAGGCAAGGAAGAAGGUGAGAGAGCCAAGAUUUUGCUUCAAAACCUUGAGCGAAGUCGAUGUGUUGGAUGAUGGCUACAAGUGGAGAAAGUAUGGCCAGAAGAUUGUGAAGAACACCCAACAUCCAAGGAGCUACUAUCGAUGCACAGAGAGCAAUUGUCAAGUGAAGAAAAGGGUUGAGAGAUUGGCAGAGGACCCGCGGAUGGUGAUCACAACUUAUGAGGGCAGACACCUACAUUCUCCUUCGCGUGAUGAGGAUGAGUUGCGGGCUUCAGAUCAUAUCAGUUUCUUGUGGUAGUCUCUUCUUCAUCCUCAUUGUCCCAGCAUCUCAUCCAUCUCCCAUGGUUUACAAUUGCAAAACCCAUUAGGCUUGUCAGUUCUCCAUUAGGCUUCUCAACUUGUAAAUUGUAAGUGUAAUAAUCGCAUCAUUCAACUGAUGGAUAUCCAUAAAGAACUUCCCAAGUUAUCUUUAAUUUCUAUCUGAGAAAUGGAGGUUUGGAGUGAGGAAAUGGUUUGGUUAUGGAUUUGGAAA